AUCAGUCCUCACUGUACUCAGGCUGCAUUAAUGCUCUCACACACUCACACACACUCUCAGUGUCUCACACACUCACACACACACUGUCAGUCUCUCACACACACUCUCGCACCCUGGUGAGUCCGGGAGGAUCUGCGGCUGCUCGCUGUGAUGAUGGCCCCGGGCCCCUGUGCGCUGCUGCGCCUCUCUGUGCUGCUGUGCGGACUCUCCGGCGCGCGCGCCUUCCUGCUGCCGGACAUCAGCGAGCCGGAGUUCAUCCGCCGCUGCGUUCAGGCGCACAACGCGCACCGCGCACGAGCUCAGCCGCCCGCCGCCAACAUGCGCGCCAUGUCCUGGGAUAAUGGACUGGCGAGAGGUGCUCGGUCCUGGGCAAGACAUUGCAAGGGUUCCCAUAAUCCUGUGCUGAAGCAGGAGGGCAAGGCCCACCCGGAGUUCCGGUAUGUCGGAGAGAACAUCUGGCUCGGGGCUCCGUCCUCAGCAUUUACAGUUGAGUCAGCGAUCAACAGCUGGAACAAAGAGGGCGCCGAUUACACACUUGGGAACAACAGCUGUGCCAGAGUGUGUGGACAUUAUACACAGUUGAUGUGGGCAACGAGUUAUAAAGUGGGCUGUGCCGUCCAUGUCUGCUCCAGAGGAAUUGAAAACUUCUCCAAUCAUCCCGAGUCGACAAUUUUUGUGUGUAACUAUGGUGAUGCUGGAAACGUCUUCGGUUUUACUCCGUAUAUCGUGGGUCUGGCCUGCAGCAAGUGUGGCGUAGAGAAAUGCAGAGACAAGCUUUGCACUGAUCCAAACCGAGAACAAGUUAAAAGAUAUGACUGGAUCCCGGGCUGGGAUCUCGGCCCCAGCGGCUCGGCUCAGAUGCUCUCUGAUUGGCUGAGCGGCUCUAAACUGCAGCUCCUGACUGGAUCAUUCUGGCUUUUUUACUUUUAUGCGACACACUGAAAUCACUCAAUAAACCAAAUUCCAUGUUAAUAAAGACUUAGAGCAAUGCGAUUAUUAUAAUUGUUAUGAUUAUUCUAAUUAUUAUUAUUAUUAUUAUUAUUAUUAUUAUUAUUAUUAUUAUUAUUGAUUUGAUUAUUAUCUCUAACCGUGGCGGGGAGCUGACGCGGUGUAAACCCCUGCUGUGUAGGACUGGCGCUACCCUGCAUCAUACUCUCAUGUACUCUCAUAUCAUUAUAAUAUUCUUAUAAAUAAUCUUUUCACCUUUCAUAUGAAUAGAUUUUAAAAAUAAUAAACACAACUCUGUAUAUUUCCUGA